CCAAUUUUUUGCAAGCUGGACACAGGCGCAACCUGCUCAAUUAUCGCGCGCAGCCAGCUGCAGAAAAUAACAAACAAGCAGCCACACGACUGUAACGUAGUUUUAAACACGUUCUUUGGCUUCCAGAAAAAAAGCAACGAAACAAGUUCGUCUCGAAGUUGCAAUGAGAGAAAGCAAGAUUCAGACAGACUUUUUUGUUGUAGAGGACGAGGUUGCCGUGACGUUGAGCGGCGCAGUUGCUGAAGAGUUGGGCUUACUAAAAAGAGUCUCUUAUGUCGAGCAACUAGAGCUUUACGAUGCUGCGAAACCUUACAAAGACGUUUUCGAGGGCCUAGGUCAAUUGGAGGGUAUGGUUUACCACCUGAAGCUCAAGCCUGGUUCCCAGGGAGCAGUGAAACCAGCACGGCGGAUUCCAAUAGCAUUGCAAAGCAAGGUGAAAGCAGAGCUGGAUCGCAUGGAGACAUCGGGAGUGAUCGCGCAAGUGACAGAGCCGACGGAGUGGGCCAGCAACAUGGUCGUCGUCACUAAAGGAGAGAAGGUACGAAUUUGUUUAGACCCUUCUGAUCUGAACAAAGCGCUGCUUCGCGAGCACUAUCCAAUGCCAACAUUGGAAGACAUAGCACCUUCGAUCAGUGGCGCGCAGUACUUUACAACUUUGGACGCAGCCUCCGGUUUCUGGCAAAUCAAGCUAGAUGAAGAAAGCUCCAAAAUCUGCACAAUGAGCACUCCCUAUGGCCGUUACAGGCGAGGACGCUGCUACCAGUCACAGAAAGCCACCUGCGACCGCAAACCAUACCCCCUCAAGACGUGCAACGGAGGCUCCACGACAUCAGGACUAAACAACGCUCCUUCUACAACCGAGGCACAAGGUCUCUACCAGAUCUUCCUAAUGGCUCCCGCGUCACAGUGUACAGCGUGCCAUCAAAAACCUGGUCCCCUGCUACAGUUGUCAAGCCUGCCAACAGCCCGAGAGCCUACAUUAUCGAGACCGAAGAAGGGCUCCAGUUGCAGCGCACCAGGGAACACCUCCGUCUGGCACCCACUCCUGCGGCAGACUCAUUGGCGCCCACACAUGAACAUCGACUCACAGUGGGAACCACAGAGCCACAACUGCGUAGAAGCGAACGCAACCGCCGACCACCACGAAGAUACCCGAUGCCAGAACUUCCGUGAUUUUGAUUUAAUAAAAAAAAAAGGGGGAGAUGUGACGCAGUGCACUGUCAUGCACACGCGCACUCAGUUGGCUGCAACGCCCCUUUGA